GUGUGUUCGUGUGUGUGUGUGUGUGUGUGUGUGUGAGUGUUCAUGUGUGUGUGUUUCAGCUGCAUACAGGCCCUGUGCUGAUGACGAGCUGCUGAUGGCGAUCUGCACCAGUGACUUCGUGGUGCGCGGCAGUAUUCAUCACGUGGAGGAGGAUGAUGAAGAUCAGAUGUCAGUGGUGUUGUCUCUGAGUCACGUGUACCGUCAGAAGAGCCGUGUGUUUGUGUCCGGAGGCGGGGGGCGCGGGUGCACCCGGUGGACGGGUCGUGUGAAGAUACUGCGGUGCUGCGGCCCGCGAGCAGCACAGGGCGAGCUCCUCUUUACGGGCGCGGUGCGGUUCCAGGAAGCAUGGCUGCGAUGUGCUGCUCUCUAUAAAGACUUCAUCAGACUGUACCGAGCGGCUCUGGAUGCAGGAACAAACCCCUGCCACAUAGACACAGACUGAGAGACGCACAGACAGACCUCUGCUGGCGUUGCAGGACUCUGGCUGAAUCUCAUCAAAACAUGCAUGCUUUUUUUGUUCAUGCCUCGGUCCGGUUCACAUUUUAUCCCAAAAUCCAAAGAAAUAAAUAAGAAACUAUAUUUAGGAUGCUUGUAAAUGAAAUUAGGAUUAUUUUAGAACCAGUUUACAUGAUUUUAAUAAUAAUUAAACACAUUGCCCCUCCAAAUUUAUCAUCACUGUAUUUCA